UAUACUAUCCGGACCGCUCGUUGUUCAGUUCUAACCGCGACUCCUAUCUUCUCCCUCUCCAGUUGAAGCCUCAUCUGCACAUACCACUUUAAAUGUAGGACCAGGACAAGAUGGCGGAUAUAUCUUUGCUGCAAGAGGAUUCGCAGGAGGAGUUGGACGGAUUUGGUGUGGAUGACUACAGCUCAGAGUCUGACAUCAUUAUUAUACCUUCAGCCUUGGACUUUGUAUCGCAAGAUGAGAUGCUGACUCCUCUUGGAAGAUUGGAUAAAUACGUGGCUAGUGAAAACAUUUUUAACAGACAAAUGGUGGCACGAAGUUUGUUGGACACACUUAAAGCUGUGAGUGAGGAUGACAGGGACUGUAUCACUGUCUUGGAGAGAGUGGGCCGACUGGCCGAUGACUCAGAGCCCACUGUAAGAGCAGAGCUAAUGGAGAAAGUUCCUCACAUCGCCAUUUUCUGUCAAGAGAACAGACCUUCCAUUCCGUUUGCCUUCUCUAAAUACUUGCUACCGAUCGUCGUGAGAUACCUGGCUGACCAGAACAACCAGGUCAGAAAGACCAGCCAGGCAGCCCUGUUGGUGCUGCUGGAGCAGGAUCUGAUUGAGAGGGGGGACAUUGAGACCCUGGUGUGCCCCGUCCUGGUGGACCUGACCGCCCCCGACAGCAACGACGACGUCAAGACGGAAGCCAUGGCCAUCAUCUGUAAGAUGGCCCCCAUGGUGGGCAAGGACAUCACAGAGCGCCUCUUCCUGCCCCGCUUCUGUGAGAUGUGUUGCGACUGCAGGAUGUUCCACGUGCGCAAGGUUUGUGCAGCAAACUUUGGCGACAUUUGCAGUGUUGUCGGAGGAGAGGCGACAGAGAAACUCCUGCUGCCCCGCUUUUUCCAGCUCUGCUCGGACAACGUGUGGGGGGUGAGGAAGGCUUGUGCCGAGUGCUUCAUGACCGUUUCCUCGUCCACCUCGCAGGAAGUGCGCAGGACCAAGCUCUCCUCGCUCUUCAUCAGCCUCAUCAGUGACCCCUCCCGCUGGGUGCGUCAGGCUGCCUUCCAGUCGCUGGGCCAGUUCAUCUCCACGUUCGCCAGCCCCAACAGUGUGGGCCAGUACUUCAGAGAGGGGGAGGAGGGCGAGUGCAACUGUGUCCAUCCACAGAACAGUAUUGAAGAGAAACCACUGAACUCGGACACUACAGACCCCUCCCUAAGGGCUAACACAGAGAAUUACUCUCAGAGGCACUUGCCUGCAUGCACAAAUGGCAACCAAGAGGAGGGUUGUCCACAACAGGACUGCAUUUUGACAGGCGACCUGGGGGAGGGGGUGUUGUGCCGGACAGAGGAGGUAGGAGGUGUGGAUGUGGCGGAGGAGGGGGGUGGGGAGCAGGCGGCGGAGGCCUUGACGGACGCCUCGGACGGUGGAUCGUGCUGCGAGGAUGCCGACAUAGGUCCUGAGUGCCUCUGUGGCGAGAAGAGCAAGAAGGAGCCUUCCUCGCUAAUCCCUGACUCCUUCGACACAGCAGGGGCUCGGGAGGAGGAGGAAGCCCCUUCAGGGCAUACUGAGAACGAGCCAGAGCCACCUGAGAAGCACACAACCUCUAACGAGAAGGAUGACUCACCAGCAGACAUAUCUGAGCCCUCAUCCUUGCCUGAGCCAGCAGACGAGUCCCCCUCUGUCAGUCCUCAGGACAGUAUCCCUGAGCAGGAGCUCUACAACUCCUUCCACUUCUGGAGGACGCCCAUCGCUGAGAUGGACCUGGACCUGGAACUGCUCCAGCAGGGUGAAAGUGGCCAGGAGGAGCCCCCCAGCUAUGGCUCCUCCAGUCAGGGCAAGACUAAGGCCUCGGCACCCAUCCUGGACCGGAAACAGCUGGAAGAGCUGAUUGAAAACCUGGAGCCUCAUAUUGAUGACCCUGACGUGAAAGCACAAGUCGAUGUCCUGACGGCUGCUCUGAGAGCCACCACCAUAGACUCUCACCUAGAGGAUGCCUUCCUGGAGCCCCGGGACAGCCAGGGUGUACACCACCACCACAACCCCUUUGGAGUGCACCAAAUGCCCCUCAUAGGAGACUACUCCGACAUGGAGAGCCGAACCUCGACCCUGCAGAUGAGCCACGGCGAUGACUCUGAGCUGAGCGACAGCAGCUUCAGUCCAGAGGAUGAGAAGAAAUCCAAGCAUCAGGAUGUGAUCCCCCAGGCCCUGCUGGACCAGUACCUGUCCAUGACAGACCCUUCCAGAGCCCAGACGGUGGACAUGGAGAUCGCCAAGCACUGUGCCUACAGCCUGCCCGGUGUGGCCAUGACCCUGGGCAGACAGAACUGGCACUGCCUCCGGGAUACCUACGAGACCCUGGCCUCCGACAUGCAGUGGAAGGUGCGUCGGACGCUGGCGUUCUCCAUCCACGAACUGGCCCUGAUCCUGGGGGACCAGCUGACAGCGGCCGACCUGGUGCCCAUCUUCAACAGCUUCCUCAAGGACCUGGACGAGGUGCGGGUAGGGGUCCUCAAACACCUCUACGACUUCCUCAAGCUGCUGCACCAGGAGACGCGGCGUAAAUACCUGUACCAGCUCCAGGAGUUCCUGGUCACAGACAACAGCCGCAACUGGCGCUUCCGAUCAGAGCUGGCAGAACAGCUGGUGCUUCUACUGGAGUUGUACAGUGGUCAGGAUGUAUAUGACUACCUUCGUCCCCUGUCCUUCAGCCUGUGUACGGACAGAGUGUCCUCUGUACGCUGGACCUCCUACAAACUGGUGAGUGAGAUCAUCAGGAAGGUGGCGUCGUGCCAGGUGCUGUUGGCAGACUUCCUGAGUGAGCUGGUGGAGAAGUUCUGCCACUCCCACAAGUGGUCGGGACGACAGGCCUUCACCUUCGUCUGUCAGCUGGUAAUUGAGGAUGACUGUGUGUCGUUGGAGCAGUUCUCGGAGCACCUGCUGGCCCCUCUGUUACAGCUGGCCUCCGACCCCGUGGCCAACGUCAGGGUGCUGCUGGCCAAGACUAUCCGCCAGAGCCUGAUGGAGAGAGAGUACUUCCUGCAUUCUGCCAACUCCCACCAGGAGGCGCUGGAGCAGACCCUGGUGGCUCUGCAGAUGGACCUGGACAAGGACGUCAAGUACUUUGCCAGCGUGCAUCCUGGGAGUACACGCAUCAGUGAGGACGCCAUGAGCACCACCUCCUCGACCUACUGAGCCCAGAGCACUCCCACCCCUCCCUCUAAACACACACACUCCUCCAUCUGCUCUACUGAACACAAGCCAGGUAGGGGGCCGAGGGCUUGAGGUAGCCCUCUUCUACGGGCACUUAGACUUCCAUACAUACACAACCACAAGUGGAAGACCUGCGCAACAACACAACUCGCCCAAUGCAGUGCAUCACAACUCGACUCACUACAACAGAUUUUAUUUUGUGGUUUAAUUAUAUAUUUUUUGCCACAGAAGCCUUAAGUGUCUUCCUUAAACGCAAAAAAUACUUGAAUGUCUGGAGUGGAUUCGGUGAACAACACAACGAAUGAAAAAAACGCACAGGAAACUGACCUAUAAGGACCAUUUCUCCCCCUCGGUUUCUCUCUCGAUAGAAUCCUCCCCAGACUUAGCGGAAAAGCCAGUAUCUCACAAGCUUUAUGGAAGCACGUAACAGGACGACUCUAUCGAACUCAAAACGUUUAAACAAAGUUUCUGUAAUUGCUUUUCUCCUUUUUUGAUACUGUAUAAAUUACUUAUGCUGCAUAUUUAAAAAAUAAUCUGUACUAUCGCAGCCUGGCAGUGGGGAGCUGUCGGUGGGAAAGGCACGGUUUGGGAUACAGGGCUCCCGCCUCCAUUGUUUUAACUCUAGUGCAGCACAUUGUUGUACCCAUAGACAGAGGGCCACCCCCUGGCAUGCAGGGGGGGUCCUGUUGUCAAUGAAAAAUAACUUGUAUUUUUUAUUAAUAUUAUGGCUGUUUGCAGCGUUUAAGGAAGCAGAGAGAUAUCCAAUUGUAAAAGGUCAGCACACACUCACUUGAAACAGGGUAUUUUAACCUGAGAAUAAAAUACUGCGACCCCAUACCCCACCCCUUCCAUUCUCCUUUUUUGCUUGGCCCGUCCCCCUUCCCUUCCUUAUACCCUAUCUGUACAUAUCUCUAGCAACCUUUUUCCAUUUUGAUCAAAGAUCAUGAAUAGAAUUGUGAUACAAUUUUGUUCUGUUUUACCUUUCUCAACAUUAAAUGAAAUGAAAUAAAAAGCAGGCACUAAAACUUG